UAGACACGUUUCGCAUAAGAUUACAGCCACAUCCAUUAUAACUGUAUAUGUAGACGAUUUUGUAUACAGAAUGUCCUAAAAUAUUAUCGAACGAUUUAAACUUCUUACAAGGAAAUUAUGAAAAAAGAAAAUAAUCGUCGUUGACGGGACGAUUUUGGCGAUUUGAGUCUGAUGUAAUGUGACGAAGUCGUGAUUUCAAGAGCGUUACAUACGCAUUUAUUUCUUGCCUUGAUUGUCGUUGAUAAUGCCACUCAGCUUUAGCCAUCGCUGGGAUUAAUUUCAUCUUUUGUACAAAAAUCAUCAUAGAAGAAUGGGUCAACGGGUCUCAAGAACGGAUUUCGAAUGGGUUUAUACCGAGGAACCGCAUGCCUCGCGACGUAAAAUAAUUCUAGAGAAAUAUCCACAAAUUAAGCAGUUGUUUGGAUAUGAUCCAAAUUUCAAAUGGGUUGUUACUGGGAUGAUAUUAGUACAGUUCCUAUCAUUCUUUAUUAUUAAAGAUUUAAGUUAUCCCAAACUCUUGCUAUUAGCAUAUUGCUUUGGAGGUGUAAUAAACCACUCUCUUAUGCUUGCAAUACAUGAAAUAUCUCAUAAUCUUGCCUUUGGACAUGCCAGGCCUAUGGCUAAUCGAGUAUUUGGUUUUUUUGCAAAUCUGCCAAUAGGAAUACCAGUAUCUAUCAGUUUUAAGAAAUAUCAUCUCGAGCACCAUCGUUAUCAGGGAGAUGAAAAAUUAGAUACAGACUUACCAACAUUAUUAGAAGCAAAAUUAUUUUGUACAACUUUUGGAAAGUUCUGUUGGAUACUGCUACAACCUUUUUUUUAUUCAUUUCGACCUCUUGUAACUUAUCCAAAAGCACCAAUUCAAUUAGAAUAUAUAAAUUUAGUUAUACAAUUGAUAUUUGAUGGUUGUGUAUGGUAUUUUUUCGGUGGUAAAGUACUAUUUUAUUUGCUAUUUGGCUCUGUUAUGGCAAUGGGAUUACAUCCUGUAGCAGGUCAUUUUAUAUCCGAACAUUACAUGUACAAAAAAGGUUUUGAGACUUACAGUUACUAUGGUCCUCUAAAUUUCAUUACUUUUAAUGUUGGAUACCACAAUGAACAUCAUGACUUCCCUGCAGUGCCUGGUUCGAGAUUACCAGAAGUAAAACGUAUAGCCGCAGAAUUUUACGAUGAUUUACCACAGCACAAUUCAUGGGUUUCUGUUUUGUACGAUUUUGUGAUGGAUCCUGAAAUCGGACCGUAUGCAAGAAUGAAGAGAAGGCAUCGAGGAUUAAAUUGACAAAUUUUUUAAUUCUUAGUUUUUUCUAAAAAUGUACUACAUAAGAGAGAUUUAUACAUCAUUAAUUUUGUAUAUUGCUAUGCAGAAUUGCAUAUUAAUUAUGACACAAUUUAAAAAUUGCUACAGUAUUCAGAAAAAUGAGAGUUAUAUACUAAGAGAUUUGUAAGCGUGCAUUGU